AUGCAAUUUACCAAACUCGCUGCUUUGACCGCUAUCGCAGGUACAGCCGUUGCUGACUACUCCAACUCAACUUCUCCAACUUCAUCUGGCACUGGUAUUAAAACCACUGUCAUUACAAUCACUUCAGGAAACGGUACUUCAAUCACCGAAAUUCCAAUUACUACUGGUAUCACCACCGUCACUGAUUUGUACACCACUUACACCACUUUCUGUCCAUUGUCAACUACAGCAGCACCUGCCCCAGGUGGACAAUCUACUGGUAAAGGUCCAGGCGCACAACCAACCGGUGGUGCAGCUCCAGGUGGCCAAGCUCCAUCCGGAAAACCAACCGGCAGUGCAGCCCCAGGUGGCCAAGCUCCAGGCGGUCAACCCUCUGGUGCCUCUCCAUCAGGAAAGCCAUCUCAAGGAUCUCAAACCACUCAAAACACGGUUGCUGCUCAAUCAUCAUCAGCUCCAGCUCAAGGUUCACAAGCACCAUCUGUCUCAGCUGUUUCUCAAGGUGCUGGUGCCGCCAACACUGUCCCAUUCGUUGCAGGUGUCUUGGCUAUGGCUGCUGCUUUGAUCUAA